AUGAUGGAAACAGAAAACUAAUAAAUUGGUAAUUAGAUUAAACCUAAAACUACAAUUCUUUGUUCAAUUUGUGAUCUUGCUUUCACUCCUAGUGAAUAAAAGACACUUAUUUGCACUAAUUGUAUCAUCAAUUAAACUGAUAUUACAAUUGGUAUAACUAAGGAGGGUAUUGUAAAUUACUGUCGAUUUUGUCAUCGUUAUUUAAGACCACCUUGGACAUUAUGUGAAAGAGAAUCAAAAGAAUUAUUAAGCAUUUGUUUAAAGAGAUUGAGAGGGUAAAUAAUUUAAAUUAUAUUUAAUAGAUUGAAUAAAGUUAAAAUUAUAGAUGCUGCUUUUGUGUAUACUGAACCAAGUUCCAAGAGAAUUAAAGUGAAAUUAACAAUAUAAAAGGAAGUGCUUAACAAUACCAAUAUGCAAUAAGUAUGGAUCUAACUAAUUAGACAUUCAUAUGUGAAUUUUUAGAACAUUAUUAACAAUGUGAAGAUUGUAAAAAGGAAUUCACUCCUCAUACUUGGGGAGCAGCUGUUUAAGUACGUUAAAGAGUGGAUCAUAAAAAAACAUUCUUUUAUUUAGAAUAAUUAUUAUUGAAAUAUAAUGCAAAUGAUAAAGUAUUAAAAAUAGAAUAAGUUGAUGAUGGAUUAGAUUUCUUCUAUAAAUCAAGAUCACAUGCUAAUAGAUUAGUAGAAUAUUUAUCAACUAUUUUACCAAUUAGAGUGAAAUAAUCAAAAUAAUUAGUAUCACAUGAUGCUAGUAGCAAUCUCUUUAAUUAUAAGUAUGUCUAUGCAGUAGAUUUACCUAAAGUUUGUAAAGAUGAUCUGGUUAUUUUGCCUUAGAAAUUAUGUAAAGAAUUAGGAGGAGUAGGUAGAGUAUAAUUAUGUUAUAAAUUAACAACUAUUAUUCAUUUAAUUGAUCCUCUAUCAAUGAAAUGUUCAGAUCUAUCUAUUGAGGCUUUUUCUUUAUAUGAAAAUGAAAUUGAAGUAUACAAUUUAAAAACACAUUAACAUGAAUUUACAGUAGUUGAUGUUGAACGUAUUCAUACUAGAAAUUUGAAUGAAAGUUAUAUCUCAAGUUCAUAAAAUGCAUUCCUACCUAAAUUGACAAAGGUCACUAUUAUUAGAGAAUCAAAUAAUUAUGUCCCUAUAACUGUUAAAAGUCAUUUGGGUGACAUUUUGAAAACAGGUCAGGUUGCUAUUGGUUAUGAUUUAACUUAAUUGACUAUUGAAUCUUUAGAAGAUAUUUCUAAUUAUCCUGAAUGCAUUUUAGUCAAGAGAUAAAUAAAUAAAGAAGCAAGAAAAUUGAGAAUCUUUAAAUUAAAGAGAUUGGAAGCAUAAAAUGUAAUGGAAGAAGAAGGAGGAGAGAGAAAGAGAAAUUAAUGUAUUUAAUUAUAUAAUAAACAAUUUAGAAAAGAAAUAGAAUGAUUAAGAUGAGUAAUUUGAAGAAUUCUUAGAUGAUGUAGAAAAGGAUAAAGAGAUGAGAAAGAAUAUCAAUUUAUAUAGAGAUGAAGAAAAAAUUAAAAAAUUAAAUAAAGAUGAUUUGAAAAAGAAAUAAAAGAAACCAGUUUAAUAAUAAAAAAAAGAUGAUGAUGAAUGGUAAGAUGAUGAUGAGGAUGAUAUUAAAUUGGAAGAUUUAAUGAAAGAUUUGAAUUUAGAAGAUAAACCAGAAUUAGCUGAACCAGUAGAUGAAGCAUAAGAAGAAAUUAAUCAAUUUAUUACAAAAUUAGAAAAAGUAACAAUAGAAAAAUGAA